AUGAGCCGCCGAAAGACUUUCGUUUCGCUCUCUUCCGAAUGCAACUCGGCAUUCAUGUUGGUGCUCUUGAUAUCGGGCAUUUUCACGAUGACGACCUUGUGUGUGGUGGUGCAGGGACAAGAUACCUCAACUUUAGUGAAAAAUUCUUUGGAUAUGAUUCCUACAUUCUCCAAUAUUAAAACACUGACAUUUUCUGGGUUUGGCUCCGGAGCAUCCAUGGCAGUUCAAAUGCAAAUUGCUCACUCAAAGAAAGUAGCUGGAGUUGCUGCUUUUUCUGGAUUGCCAUAUUACUGCAUCAAAAACAAUUUAACUCGAUUAGAAACAUGUUUCAAACACACUGAACAAGUCACAGUGAAUGAAAUUGUAGACAUUCUGCAAAAAUUGACAUAUUAUAAUUUAAUAGAUGACUAUGCAGAAUCAAUUCCGUCACAUAGAGUCUAUUUGCAAAGCGGAAAACAAGACAAAAGCUUAACUCAAGCUGCUGCCGUAAAAUCAAGAGAAUUGUACGAAUUUUUGAAAGUUCCAAAAGAAAACAUCAAAACAGUUCUUGACAUUCCUUCUGGCCAUGCUAUGGUAUCUAUUGACUACAUUGACGCUGAAAAGAAUAAGUGUGGAGCAGAAGUUCAAAAGCCAUAUAUUCAAAAUUGUGGAUUUGAUUUGGUUGCUGAUGCUCUGAAGUUCCUGCUUUUCCAAAAUGAUGACCAAAAAUUUGUGAACAACAAGUCAGCUAACAAGAAUGAAGACUUGUUGAACAACAACCUUUUCAAAAUUGACCAAACUCCAUUUGCAUCUCAAAGACAUUUAAUGGGAGAUUACGGAUACUUGUACAUCCCCUCUGCCUGCCAAAAGGAUGAAACGAAAUGCAUUCACAUUCAUGUUGCCUUCCAUGGAUGUGACCAAUUAGGAGAAGAGUUCGCCAUUUACUCUGGAUACAAUAGAAUUGCUGAACAAAAUAACAUUAUUAUCAUGUACCCUAGAUCUUCAAUUCAAAACAGAUACAACCCAUAUGGAUGUUGGGACUUUUUUGGAACAGAAAAUGGAGAUGAUUAUCGUUCAGAAUUGUAUUUAGCUCGGCUUGGGCCACAAAUGCAAACAGUCGCCAGAAUGGUUGAACAAGCUGGCCACAACAUGGAUAUGAAGAAGCUACUCGAGAGAAGCUCUGCAGAGAUUUUGUUAAUGCUUGGAGCGGUGGUGAUUAUUUUUGUGUACCAAAUGUACAAGCUUGUCAUUUCUCCAUCUCCAAGACAGAAGAAAAAGGCAGAUUAA